GGCAUCAUGAGUUACUUCCUGUCUUACUGCAAAGCCCACGGCAGCUCUCUUCUCACUGGCUACCAGGCCCUACGCGCUGAGGGGUUCUUGUGCGAUGUGACACUGGAGGCCGAGGGCAGUGAGUUCCCAGCGCACAGGUCACUUCUGGCGUGCUCCAGCGACUACUUCAGGGCCCUGUUCAAGAGUCACACUCAGGAAUCGCGGGCUCGCGUAAUUCACCUGCGUGUACCUUCAGCGGCCGGCCUACAGCGCCUGCUGGACUUCAUCUACACUGCCUGGCUGCCCCUCUCCAUGGACACUGUGGAAGACACUCUGGAGGCUGCCAGCUACCUGCAAGUCACCGAGGCCUUGGGACUGUGUGCCCACUACUUGGAACGCCAGCUUGCCCCAGAGAAUUGCUGCUUCACUGCCAAUGUGGCAGCUCGCUUUGGCCUGGCCCGCACCCUAGGUGCAGCGGAGCGCUGUAUUGUGCGCCACCUGGGGGGGCUGUUACUGAUGGGCACUGGGCCCUCGGGGCUGCUGGAACUCAAUCCUAUAUCAAUGAAAGCUGUGCUGGGUGCCCCUGACGUGGCACGGGUGCCUGAGACACGGCUGCUGGGCCUGGCAUUAGCCUGGCUGCAGCAGGAACCCAAGGCCCAGCGCCUGGCACAUAGUUCAACACUGCUUGGAUGCAUCCGCUUUGGCCUGGUGCCUGCUGGUGUGCUGCGGCGCAUGUACUCGGGCUCCGGUCUUAUAUUACCUACUAGGAUCAAGAGCCUCAUCAUCCAGGCCCUCAACUACCACACAGCACCCUCCAGCCAGCCGCUUCUGCAGGGAGAACAGACUAGUGUCCGGAGUCCCCAGACCCGUAUCUUGCUAGUUGGUGGUCUCAGAGCUAGGGAGAUGGUAACCGAGGAGAUCAUGGUCCUACCAGAGGUAGUUCAGAAUCGGCACCCUGCACCUCAACCAGAGGAAGAGGAGGGAGAGGAGGAGGAAGAGAUGGAGGAGGAGAAGGAGUGGGAGCUCACCCAGGAGGUGGUGUCCUUCGAUGUGUAUAACCACAGCUGGCACAGCUUGACACAGCUGCCCACACCACUGCUAGGCCACAGUGUAUGUACCACUGGCAACUUCCUAUUUGUCCUUGGAGGGGAGAGCCUUCCUGGCAGCCCAUCUAGUUCUCUGGCUGCCAGCUCAAGGUCAGUCACAGCCUUAGUGCACCGUUACGACCCGCGCUUCCACACUUGGACACAGGUGCCUGCCAUGCGAGAAGCAAGGGCCUACUUCUGGUGUGGUGUGGUAGGUGAGAGUCUCCUGGCUGUCGGAGGCCUGGGCACCUGUGGUGAGGCACUGGCCUCAGUGGAGAUGUAUGACCUUCGCAGGGACCGCUGGAUGGCAGCUGGAGAGCUACCUCGGGCAGUACAUGGUCACGCAGGUGCUGUUGGGGACCAUGGUGUUGUGUACAUCUCCGGGGGCAAGACUGGGAGAGGUGAAGGAGGCACGAGUAGCCUCCGGGAUAUGUACUCCCUUAGCCCCGGAGAGAGAGUGUGGAGCAAGAGGGCACCCAUGGGCACAGCUCGCUAUGGGCACUACCUUGCGGUGCUGCGAGGUGCAGUGUUUGCCUUUUUGGGGAGAUAUGAGCCCUUCUCUGAGAUUGAACGCUAUGACCCCUGCACAGACCAGUGGACUCGGUUGCGGUCGCUACCCUAUGACCGCUUCUGCUAUGGACUUGCUGUGGUAGAAGAGACAGUGCUGCUGCUGGGUGGUCUCAAGUGGCGGGACUCACGCCAGGUGCCAACCCAGAACGUAGUGGGCUAUGACCUCGACCUGGACCGCUGGGAAGAUAUAGGCUGUGUGCUGCCUUGGGCGUGGAGUGGCCUUCAGUGUGCAGUGCUGCAGCUACCGGAGGGUAGGGAGGGGACAAGGGAGGGAGAGACUGGAGAGGUGCCAGAUUUAGUGCUGGAUUGA